AUGUCCAACCGCAACAGCAACCGCCGCACCACGUACGCCGCCGUCCUUCAGCGAUAUGCCGCAAACUUCAACGUCAAGCUACUCGCUGACAUCACCCUCGCACACGUCCUGGCAGGCGACACUUGCGCUCCGAUCAGCCUCUCCGACUUCGAGGCGUACCUCGCACACAAGGAGCACACCCUCGAGCAUCUCCAGUUCGUAGUCUGGUUCCAGGACUACCGCGCGCGCUUCCUUGCUCUGCCUGAGGAGAUCCAAGCGGCGUCUCCAGGGCCGAAGCAGUUCACUUUCGCCCUGCCCACCCCCGCACGCACCGCUCAGCGCGUCGCCGCGACUUCGACAGAUGGUCGUGUGCCCUCUACGCCGUUUCCGGGCCUCCCCACCGUCACCGAGCAGCCGUUCCGUGACGAAUGUGAGCGUAUCGUCGCGACAUUCCUGCAUCCAGGUGCACCAAAGGAACUCCCGCUCGAGCCGGCACUGCGGGACACGCUACUGCGAGCGCUCUCAUGGAACACGCACCCUGACGCGUUCCUGCCUGCGUACGAGGAGCUGUACGCCCUGGUCGAGGGCGUUUCCCUUCCGCGCUUCCUCGUUGCGGCGUCCGCGAAUAUAAACCUGCCGAAGCAGUUGUAUUGGUACGGCGUCGGCUUCGUGGACCUGGUAGUCAGUAUUUUGAUCACGCUGCUGCUCGUGAUGCUCGUUCCCGCACCCCCAGAAGCGAGUCGCGCGUGGAGGUUAUUUGCGGUUCCGUUCGCCGCGCUGGGCAGCAUGCAGACGUAUUCUGCAUGGAGGGGGUUUUGCAGCCAAGUAUGGGGCCGAGGCGCGACACAGCUGCGGGUGUGGGAGAUGCACGAGAUGGACGACGAGGCGGCAGCACACUGGGCGCGUGCCCUCGAUCCGCUGCCGUCACCGACUCUGAGCCCGUCUUCACCAACCUCUCCCACGAUGGGCGGCGUGCAGAUGCGCGAGCGCGCCGGUGCGCCAGUGUGGGACUCGCAGCAGAGCACGCUAGCAAGCGGCUGCCCGAGCAUGAAAGCGUCCUCAUCGCCCGGAACCAGCACCACGAUGAGCAUGUGCCUCGGGCGCGAGGACGACAUGGAUCUCGACGCGAUCGCUCCGUUCGGGUCCCCCGAGGACAAGGACAAAGACGGGACCCUGGUGCGCGUGGGCAGCGCGUCGUCGCAGCCGUCCCUCGCGCGCACGCGGUGCCCGCCGCGCCUCCGCAUCCAGCCGUCGUCGCUCAGCAUCAAGUCCGCGGUUGACUCUGGCGCGCCCCCCGCGUUCUCGCUUGCAGACGAACGGGACGACGAGGAUGGCGGGUUUUCGCGGCCACCCGUGUUCGGGCCCGAGAAGGUCGUGCUCGACCCGCGCAUCCAGGCGGUGCACCGGCGCGUCAUGCGGGACAUCCUGUGGGUCGGCUUUGCGUGGACGGCGAUGUUCACUGCGAUCGUGCUCGCCGUUCCUGCGCGUCGACAUUAG